AUGCUCCUGGGGUUCACGCUGCUGCUCACACUCCAAGCCCGGGCCACACGCUCCAGGACGUCCACCUCAGCAGACACAGGUCCUGCUGCCCACGGGACACCCGGGCCAGCAGAGCCGUGCGGGGCGCGCCCGGACUUCCACCGCUGGGCUCAGCAUUCCAGAAUCAUCCAGGGCUCCCAGGCGGCCGUGGGAGAGUUCCCGUGGCAGGUGAGCAUCCAGGGCCAGCACGAGCAUCUCUGCGGUGGCGCCAUCCUGGAUGAGCGCUGGGUCCUCACGGCUGCCCACUGCGUGGUCACAGGCGCCAUCACCCCGGGGGACCUGACCGUGGUGUCUGGGAGCAUCGACUUGUCAAGGGGGCCCCGGGAAGUGAGCUCUGUGGCCCGCCUGAUCGCCCACCCCGACUUCGACAGACUGACCCUGAACAACGACAUCGCCCUGCUGCAGGUCAGCCCCUUGCUGCUGCCCGGACCCCUGCAGAGGCCCAUCUGCCUGCCCCCACAGCCCAGCCCGGCUCGCUGGCGCCAGUGCUGGGUGGCCGGCUGGGGGCAGACCAAAGCGGACGAGGAGAGCUCCCUGAGCCGGGCCCUGCUGAAGGCGGCCCUGGCGCUGGUGGACUGGAGUGCGUGCCAGCAGCUGCUCCCCGGGCUGACAGAGGGCAUGCUGUGUGCCCGCAGCAAGAGCCACACCUCCGACGCCUGCCAGGGGGACAGUGGCGGACCCCUCACCUGCCUGGCCCAGGGCGAGCAGACGUGGUACCAGGUGGGCAUCACCAGCUGGGGGCAGGGCUGCGGGCAGGGCAAACCGGGGGUCUACACGGCGCUAGAGAAAUACGUGCCCUGGAUCCUGAACGUGACCGCGCGGGAGGAUUGGCCCCUCCGCCAGGAGACGAUGCCCCCGAGCUCCGGCCCCCGGCCACCCCGGACCCCCGUCUGCUCCCCGCUGCUGGUGCUGGCCCUGAGCCUGCUGCCCCCCACACUCUUCCCAAGGCUUUUCUAG